GCAGGAGCAAGCAACAACACAGCACCGGAUCCAGGAGCAACAACCCAAACGCUCAAACUCGGCGACAGACACCAACGGCAAAUGUGGCUGCCAUACACGUACCGGGCUUGAGAAUGCGAUGCAGCUCCGCAUGCGAUUUCACAAUCCACAUACGAUUAACCUCCCCGACAACACUGACGACUGCACGCCCCAACGAGGCGUCCAAUCGUUGGUGUCCAGAUUCAGUGCCUCGACUACCCAAAGCUGCGCUUUCCGAGCCCAAUAGCGAGCGAGGUUCAACUCCCCAAAAUGGACAACCUCCAAGAGGGCCACGAGCCCGUUUCCCGCCCGUCCACGGCUUGCAAAAUUGACCCAGACGACGAUGCCGCGUCCCCCACAAAACAGCACGCCGACGAGAAGCGCCCUGCCACCGACGUCGCUGCCGUCAAGGCCGAAAACAUCCCGCCGCUCCACCCUCCUGCCGCUGCGCUCGCUGCGCCCGAGAGCAGCUACCUCGAGAGCCCGAGCAUGAACCUGAGACACUCGGACUCCCAGGCCGAGAUCAUUGUCCGCCAACACCUGCAAGACAUCGAGUCGAGCUUCUCUGCUGCCCCCUCGCCCCUCCCAGCCUCCAACAACGGCCUCGACGACACCUUUCUCUUCGACUCACCCUCCAAGAAGCCAGCGCCGCCGCGGUUCGCCCCGAACGCAGACGACUCCUCUGCCGUUGACCAGUCACAAGUGCUGCCAACCCUGAGCCGCUCCACGACCAGCACGCCGCAUAAUGCCCGAGAGUCGAGUCCUCAGCUGCCUGGUCAAGAUAACUCCACAGACGACGUCGGCAACGGCACGGCGUCACUAGAGACAUUUUCCUCCUCGCCAACAGCCGCGGCAACAGUGAGGUCGAUUUCUCAAGCCCUAUCACAGGCAGCGUCAGUUCGGAGUGAGCCUAGUCGCGAGCGUGCGGACUCCCCCGUCGAGCAGCAUGCCCCAGACCAACCAGUCGACGAUUCUCUAUUGCACCCCGAUUCUAGUGCCUCCCUUUCGACGGCGAGCCGGGACGAAAGCCGAGAGCGAGCGGCUGCUGACGCAGGGCACACCCCUGGACAGGCCCUCAAGGCCGCCAAGCGGCCACGAUUCCUGCGCAGUCGGAUAGGCAGCCAGCGUUCCUCCGUCUCGUCCCUACAUACGGACCCGGAUAGCGACGUCACCGUGGGUAUGGGCGCCGACUAUGCGCUCCAAUCGGGCGGCGCCGUGCCGUCCUCAGGAAUGCCGCGGUCUUUCAACAACCCCCUGUCUCGCUCCAUAAGCAUGGGAAGCAUGGCUAGUGGCAUUGAAGAUCUCCACGACUCAUCCGGUCCCGUCUUCCGCCAGCUUGAGACCCUGGACGAGGUUGACGGCAGCAUAUCGCCCCAGUCUGACUCGCGCCGCGGGCCGGACCGCGCGAUACUUCAAACUCCAAAGCCAACCAAAGCUGCGGCGCUUGCCGCCCCGACUGAUACGGUUAUUGCCCGUCACGUCAGGGAUGUGCAAGUCCCAGAAUCGCUGGCGAAGGAGUACAAGAACAGAGGGGGGCUGGUAACCCCGGCGCGGCCCGGUACUUCCGAUGCUGGCGGCUUUGGAACCUCCACUGCGAGCCGGCACGGCCGAAGCCUGACACUCAAGGAGCAGAGCAGCACCAUCGAGCGCCUCAGCAAGGAGAACUUUGACCUGAAGCUCAAGGUCAUGUUUUUGAGCGACCGCCUCGACAAGCUCUCUGAAGAAGGCAUUAAGGAGAUGAUCUCGGAGAAUGUCGAGCUCAAAACAGGCCUGGCCGUGCUGCAGCGUGAUAACAAAGUCCUGCGCCGGCGAGUCAAGGAGCUCGAAAAGCAGCUCAAGGACGAGGAGGAGCGCCCGGGGACGGCGAGGAGCGGCCAGUCGGACGACGAGCAGAGCGCCGCCUACGACCAGGAGGCGCAAGAAAGAGAGGAGGAGCUGAUCUACCUCCGGGAACAGGUGGAGGAGUACGUCACCGAGAUUGAGCGGCUCAGGAAAGAAAACCUGAACAAGGAGGCCGAGAAGCGCCGCAUGGCCGAGGUCGUGCGGACGCUUGGGGAAAAGACGGGCGAACGGUUGGGCGAGGAUUUCGAGCGGCAGGAAGAAGCCGACGUCUGGAAGGACCUGCUCGAGCAGGAGACCGCUAGGAGGGAGCAGAGCGACGAAGACAACCGCCGCCUGCGGGACGAGAUCUUCCGUUUGAAGCAGGAACUCGCAGCACAUUCAGCCGUCGGGCCGAUGCAUCACACGACAAACAUCUACAACAUCACCAAGAAACCACGCGAUCGGCCGUCAUCUCCCGGUCGGUCAGGAACGUCCGUCUUGGGAGACGCCGACGGCCACGCAACACUCAGCGUCAGCAGCACGCUGGUCGAGGAGCUGCGGCGAGAGAGCGAGCAGCUGCGCCACGAAAACGCCGAGCUCCGGCGCGAAGUCGGAGCCCAGACCUCGAUGCUGACCUCGCGGAACCGGGAGAAGGAGCGGCUCUACCAGGAGAUCGAGGACCUCAAGAUGGCACAGCGCCGCGGUGCUCCCGCGCCCUCUACCAUCGACAGCCUCCUGGAGCGGUCGGCCUCUCGCGCGGGCGUGCACGAGCGGUCGCAAUCGAGGGCCAGCGGCGGCACGCGGGGGACGAACACUGCCGUCGACGACGCCGACCUGGAGGAACUCGAGAACAAGUUGGCCGAGCUGCGCGAUAAGAACAACGACCUCAAGCUGCAGAACCAGGACCUCCAGCGCGAGCUGAACGCCUGCAUGGCGGAUUUCGAGGCGGCUAUCGAGGCCAAGAGGCAGGCCGAGGAGCUGGUGGCCGCGCUGCAAGACGAUCUCGAGACGGCCAUGAGCGACCUGAUGGCGCUGCAGGCCGAGCGGGACGAGGCCCUGCAGGAGCAUGCCAACCUCGAGAACGAAUUCGAGGCGCUACGGAAGGAAGCGCAGGAGGAGAUCGACGCGCUCGAGGGUGAGGCGGACCAGCGCACCGCCGAAAUCGAGCGGUUGCAGCUCGACCUGAACGACCGCACCGAGAACUUCGACGCCCUGCAAGGCGAGAUGCGCAAGAUGAGCGAGGCGCUCGUCCGGCUGGAGGACGAGCAGGAGGCCAAGCUGCGCAGGAUAAAGCAGCUCGAGCAGGAACUCAGCGACGCGAACAAGGAGCUCGAGGACCUGGAGGCGAAGCUGCUCGAGGCAAACGACAAGGCCAACCGUUUGUCGGUGCAGCAGGAGUCGAGCCAGGGCGAGAUCGCCUUCCUCCGGGAGGAGCAGGAAAGCGACAAGAUCCGGAUCGGCGACCUCGAGGCGGCGCUCGCCAACGCAGAGCAGUCUCUGCGGGAGGAGAAGGAACGCGCCAAGGAGCUGGAACAGCGGCUCGCUGCCGAGAGGCGGCAGCGCGAGAUCGUCGCGAACCGUGAGAAGGAGGAGGUGCAGCAGUUCGUGAACGAGCUGAACCGGGAGGCGUCGGCGGCCAAGGACGAGGCCAGGAGGCUGCGCAAGAGCCUGACGAGUCGGGAGGUGGAGGCGACCGAGUGGAAGGAGAGGUUGCUCGAGCUGGAGAACAACCUGCGGGAGGCGCUGGGCGACUUGAACGGUACUAGGUCUAGCCUGCUCAAGUCCAUCGCGAAACUCCAACGCGAUCUGGAGAACACGGUCCGCGACCUCGAUGCCACCAAGUCAUCCCUCGCCGAGAAGGACCGCAUGAUCAAGCAGCGCGACGCCCUGCUCGAGUCGCACGCGCUCGAGUCUCGCAAGCUGGCGGAGAUGCUGGAUAAGGAACGGCAGGCUCACCGCAACGUCAAGCACCAGUUCGAGACCUUCCAGAAGACACACCAGCACAUCACCCGCACGGUGAGCUCGCAGGACCAGCGCAUCAUGGAGCUCGAACAGAUGAAGUCGCAAGAUAAGAAGCGCCUCUCGCAGCUCGAGAACACCUUCAAGGAGCAGCUCACCGAGCGCAACAACCUGCUCCUCGUCCUGUGGACGCGCCUCUCGGCGCUGUGCGGCACCGACUGGGCCCAUGAUAACAGCCUCAUCAACGGGCGUGCGCUGCCCAGCCUGGAAUCCGUGGCGACCAUGCUGCCGGGCUUCAGUAAGAACCUCCUCGCCGCCGUCAAGACCAUCGAGACAAUGGUUGGCAGCUUCCAGGGCAAGAUCAAGAGCGUUGAGAAGGACCUCUGGAGGGAAUACCAGACGCUCGAGAACCAUCUCGAGCAGCGGACCAAGAAGCUCGACCGUCUCGAGGCCAUCGUGCGCAACGGCAUCGCCACGGGCCAGCUGAGCACUCACUCGCACACCCUCACCGAGACGCAGGCCAGACUCGCCCGGCUCGAGGACGCCUACCGCCAACUCAAAAUCGAGAACCACACGCUGCGCGCCGCCGCCGAAGCCCGACGAGCGGCGUACGCCGCCUCGGCCGACCAUAACGGGCCGGAAUCGCCCGGCGGCAGCCCGUCGCCGUUGGUUCCAACAGGGCCCAAGGCGAAGGACAGGAGCAGCAAGAUCCCGAAGUCCGGCAGCAAGAGCAGCGGCCUGGGCAAGAUGGCCACGCCGACGCGGAGCUCGUCAUCGCACUACCACUACCACCCUCACCCCAGCCGACAGAGCCUGGCCGCGGCGGACGAGGUGGCCAUGCUUUCGCGCUCGAGGGGCGGCAGCCCGGCCACGCCCCGAGGUGGCGGCGACCCUGCUGCCACCGAAGACGACGACACCAUCACGGGCUCGCUACCACAACCAAGCCAGCCCCAAGCAAGCAAGGGAGGACACGACCGAGAAAGAACCAGCGCGUCAGCCGCCACCUCCACGGCCAUCACCACAUCCACAGCCGCGUCCGGCACCAACACCAACAACGCCAGCGCCAGCUCCAACGCCAGCGGGAGCACAGGCGCGGGAGGCAGCAGCAGCGGCGGCGGGGGCAGCAUGGACAACAAGUGGAUGCUGCGCCUGCGCGACCUCGAGCACAAGCUCAAGGCCGAGCGCGAGGGCCGCCUGCUCGACCGCGGCGAGGCGCUCAAGCGCCUCACCGCCAGCGAGAGCGAGAAUGCGGCGCUGCGCGAGAACCUCGAGCGCGAGCGCGAGCGCAGGCGCGCGGCGGGCAGGUAGGCGCCCGCGUCGCUGUCGCUGCCGCUACCGCUGUCGCGCAUCGGAGGUGGAGGAGCUGCUGCUGCUGUUGCUGCUGGUGGUGGUGGUUGGUUUUGGGUUGGCAUCGGGGUGGAAGUAAGGGCGGCAAGAAGACUAAGGCGGGGAUGGGGCGCUUGUUCCUGCAUAUGAAGCGGGUGAUGGGUUGGCUGGGGAAGUACGGCGGUGCAGGCGGGGCUGCUGGUACAAAGGGGCUGAAAUCGAAGCGGUUGAGGAUGGGGGUCGUCGGUGUGUUGCUGCUUGUGAUGAUGCUUAUGAGCAGGAUUAUGUUCUUCUGUUCUGGGCGGGUUGUAAG